AUGGUUCGCCGCCAAAAGACAUCCGAGCUAUCGGGCACCACCGUAAACGGAAGAUCUCUGCGACAACGUUUUGAACUUGACGACGAAGACGGAAUCUCUCGCCGUGAACUUGAGCACGCGCUGAGGCUCUCUCUGGAAGAGUCCAGGAAAGAAGCGGAAAAGAAGGGCACCCCAAAGAAAGAGACGCAGAAGAAGGAGGCAAAUAGCUCCGUCAAGAAGACGCCCACUAAGCGAGCCGCCCCCGAACCCAAAGAGACACCCCCUGCUAAGAGUGCAAAGGUCACAAAGGCCGCCCCAAAGCCAAAGCCCAGCCCGAAAAAGGACGAGAAAAAGGGUAAACCCCUGAAGAAGAAGAAAGCAAAAAAAGGCCGCGGCCGCCAAGCAGAAUCGGAGAGUAAAUUUCUGACCGGCGCUUCGGACCUCGUCACGUUAUUGGCCACCGCCACAGAGAUACUUGGCCCACAGUGCGACACAAUC